CAAAAUGGAGGCACCAUGUAAAUUGAGUGAGACAUGUUACUCUGUCACGAGGCUCGACAAGUCUGGUUUGACAGCGUUGUGGCCAUUUUCCUCCCUGCCCUCCUUCUCCUCUCUUCUCCUCUCCACUCCUCUUCUCUCUUGCCCUUCCUUCUCCCACUGCCUCACCUCCUACACUCCUCUCCUUUUCUUCGCCUCCUCUCCCAUCCUCUCCUGCUUCUAAUCCAUCCAUUAAGCAACGCUCCCUUUCUCCACACCAACAGAAACCCAUUUGGCAAAUGAUUGCACGCAGCCACAGGGAUGGGAAUGAAGGUACUAUUUUUAGCACCAGGGGACGGAUGAGGGAGGAGUGAGAGUCUGAGGGAGAGAGAGAGAGAGAGAGAGAGAGAGUGUGUGUGUGAGUGAGAGAGAGAAACACAGAAAGAUAGAGAGGAAAAAAGAAAGGGAGAGAGACAUCAACAUCAUCCUUCUCAGAGCUUGUGGCGUGGGGACUGGAGUGAAGGACAGACUUCGGUGUGGCAGCAGAGGAAGCAGCAGCCGAUCCAGAGGCUCUCCCUGGCAGCAGACACCCAAAACAACACAGUCAUGCGGCCCCGAUCUCGACUCCUUGUGAAGAGGGGCUUGCCCACUAUCAGGGAGGGAUAUGAGGAGAUGGUGCAGGACAUGAACCAGGCCAACAGUCAGCACACAACGCCUUGCGCUCAGCCACAGUCCCUGUCCACGCAGGACUACUUAUUAUCCAUCUGCCAGCUGGCCAGACCCACCUUCCCCUUGCGAGAGCCAGAUUGGGACAUCCUGUCAAUGACGCCAAUGGACAUGUCCAAACCAUGCCUGAGGCUUCACAGACACAGAGACGCAGUGUCCCCCACCUCCACUGCACACACACAGAGGGAGGCCCAGGGAGAGGCACCAGUGGAAAGUGCUUGUAGUCCCACUGAGCCAGUCAGUGUCAGCUCCAGCCAGAAGCCCAUCACCCCGACCUCAGAUCCUCUGGAGUACCUCUACAGCAACAGAGGCUCUGAAUGCCCGUGGAGGGCGGAGGAGAGAGGCUGCCCUCCGGCAUGCAGGCCACGCAGCGGCAGCUUCCCCCGUGCCUCAGCACCUCCCGACACCCGGCGCAAGAGCAGCUGCCCUGAGCUGAGCCUGCCCGCACCCGCACCCGCAUCCGCCUCCGACGACAGACAGGCUCCCCCAGCCACUCUGACGCAGCGCUCCCCACUGACCAAAAAGAAGCAAAGCGACCGCAGCGCUUCCAGCCCCGCCGCUGGAUCUCUCGGUAAGCCUCACAGCGCCCCCGCUGACUGGAGGGGGAAGGGCAGCCGAGGCAUGGACAAAAACAACAUGGUGUCACACUGGAUCGCUGAGUGUCGGAGCGCUUGGCGGGAAGCCAUGAUCCACGCCUGCAUGCUGCCCGCUCUCGCUGAGAAGUAAACGCACCCACGCGUCACAUGGAGCAGCACUCACAAUGCAUCUGAAUGGAAUGGCACUCUAACACUUACACUGUGCACACUGCAAAAUGUCAGAUAAAGACAAGUAAAAUGUUUACUCUUCUAUGUUACUUGAGGUAUGCAGAUUUCUCUUAUAAUUGAAAC